AUGGCUCGUACCAAGCAGACAGCCCGUAAAUCCACUGGUGGCAAGGCCCCUCGUAAGCAGCUUGCUUCCAAGGCUGCCCGUAAGGCUGCCCCCUCCACCGGAGGUGUCAAGAAGCCUCAUCGUUAUAAGCCUGGUACCGUCGCUCUCCGUGAGAUUCGUCGCUACCAGAAGUCCACCGAGCUCUUGAUCCGCAAGUUGCCUUUCCAGCGUCUUGUCCGUGAAAUUGCUCAAGACUUCAAGUCCGACCUCCGCUUCCAGUCCUCCGCCAUCGGUGCGCUCCAGGAGUCCGUUGAGGCCUACCUUGUCUCCCUCUUCGAGGACACCAACUUGUGCGCCAUCCACGCCAAGCGUGUCACCAUCCAGAGCAAGGACAUCCAGCUUGCCCGCCGUCUCCGUGGCGAGCGCUCAUAA